GGUGCGGAAUUCUCAAUCCGGCGCUCGCGAUUCGCAAAUGCCGGCCGGGAAGGAUGAGAUUUCGAGCGGCAGCGGCAGUGUUCCUGGGGAAAUUCCUCGCGCGGACGAGCAGGAAGAGGCGGCAAAAUAUUUCGAGGGAUCGCACGAACAGCCGCUGGUGGAUCAGCCGGGAUUUGUCGAGCUUGUGAUCGAUAGCGAGAGCUCCGGCAGCGCCAUGGCUAGGAGCAAUGCUCGCGUAAUGCCGGUGGUGGAGGACGAGGAUGCCAGUGCUGCCAGGAACAAUGUGACUAGCGCGCUGGAGGGCCUCCGCUUUAUCGACAAGCGCACGGAGAGCGCUGGGGACGAGGCGGUGUGGCACAGAGUGAUGGAGCGAUUCGAGAAGCUCUCGAGCAGCGAUGGAAAGCUCCCGCCUGGCCGAUUUGGCGCGUGCAUUGGGAUGCCGGAGAGCGAGGAGUUUGCCGCGGAGCUCCUGGGCGUCUUGCGGCGCCGGAGAGCGCACUCCCGGGGCGUCACCACCAGCGCCGUCGAGGAUCGUCACGACAUUGGCAAGGAUGAGCUCUGGGAUCUCUGGAUGGAUCUCACAGACAAGACGACCGCCUCGAGGAUGCAAAUCUUCUUCGAUCUAUGCGAUCGAGACCGGGAUGGAAAGAUCAGUGGGUCGGAGCUAAAAAGUGCCAUCCUUCUGAGCGCGUCGGCCAACCGACUCUCGAUUCUCGACGAGCAGGCGGAGGAGUACGCGGCAUUGUUGAUGGAAGAACUGGAUCGUGAGAAGAAAGGCGAAGUUGGCAUAUCACAGCUCGAGAGCUUAUUAAGCAAGCGCGCCUUUGAGGCUGAUUCGUUCCGGCAGCACUACCAGAGCCAUUACCCGUGUAACGCCGAAAGGCUGGGGAGGCUACAGUUCCUUGCUUGCAGCACCAAGAAUGCUUUCCAAGAGGAUUGGCGUCGACUCUGGAUUGUUGGCGUGUGGUUUGGAGCCAUGGCCGCGCUGUUUAUGUGGAAGUCCAUGCAGUACAGCUACCGGUCCGGCUUUGAAGUGAUGGGGUAUUGCGUGAGCAUGGCCAAAGGUGCUGCCGAGACACUCAAGCUCAACAUGGCACUCAUCCUUUUCCCUGUUUGUAGAAACACUAUAACGUGGCUCCGCUCUACCAGGCUCGGCUCAGUGAUUCCCUUCGAUGACAGCAUCAGCUUUCACAAGACAGUGGCAGGAGCUAUUUGUUUGGGAGUGCUUAUUCACGGAGGAGCUCAUUUGACCUGUGACUUCCCCCGCAUUGCCAAUGCAGAGUCGAAGACUUUCAUGCGUACUCUGGGAAGAGACUUUCACGGCUGCCAGCCUUCUAUGCUGGGCAUGGUCAUGUCCGUCGAAGGCGUGACAGGGAUCGCGAUGGUUAUAUUGAUGGCCGUGUCGUUUCUUCUUGCGACCAACCUCGCGAGGAAGAACAGGCUCAAGCUCCGCCGACCCUUUGACAAACUUACCGGGUUCAACGUGUUCUGGUAUUCUCACCAUCUGUUCGCCAUUGUCUACGCUCUCUUGAUUGUUCACUCGACAUUACUUUUCCUCACGCACAAAUGGUCAGAGAAAACGACGUGGUUGUACAUUCUUGUUCCAACAGUUCUUUACAUUGGAGAACGGUUUUUGAGAGUAUCUAGAGCAUGCAUUUACAAGGUUGACAUUGUACAGGCUGCCAUUUUUCCCGGAAAUGUUUUGUCUCUUCACAUGACAAAACCUCCCGGCUUUAAAUACCAGAGUGGGAUGUACAUCUUUAUUCAAUGCCCCUCAAUAUCGCCAUUCGAAUGGCACCCGUUUUCAAUCACGUCAGCACCAGGAGAUGAACACCUCAGUGUUCAUGUUCGCAGCUUGGGGGACUGGACGGAAGAGAUCAUGAGGACAUUCGCAAAGGAGAUCGAAGCACAAGGAGAAGACAGUGGUGACGAAGGCGCACUCAGAAGAUUUCCAAAGCUUUACAUAGAUGGACCUUACGGAGCUGCAGCGCAGGAUUACCGCAAAUACGACGUGAUGCUCCUUGUCGGACUUGGAAUCGGGGCAACGCCGUUUAUCAGCAUUCUCAGGGACAUGCUCAACACUCAGACGGGGAAGCCGGAGUACCAGCAGUCCCCGCGACGCUGUCCAAGCCACGCUUACUUCUACUGGGUGACCAAAGAACAAGGCUCCUUCCAGUGGUUCAAGGGGGUGAUGAACGAGGUGGCCGAGAUGGAUCACAAGGCAGUGAUUGAAAUGCACAACUAUCUGACGUGCGUUCACGAGGAAGGAGACGCUCGCUCGGCCCUGAUAACGCUCGUCCAGGCCCUCCAUCACGCUAAGAGUGGCGUGGACAUUGUCUCAGGAACUCGGGUUCGCACGCACUUUGCUCGGCCCAACUGGAACAAAGUUUUCGCGAGGCUGGCCGCAAACCAUCCCGGUGCCCGUGUCGGCGUGUUCUACUGCGGCAUGGCCUCGGCAGCCAAGGAGCUGGAAGGAAUCGCCUGGACCUUCUCGCAGAGAACCAGCACCAGGUUUGAGUUUCGAAAGGAGAGCUUUUAAAGGUUGCCACACCACUUAUCCAACGUGGCGUUACUGCAGAAUGCCACGUCAUUGUUAAUGUAAUGACCGGGGUUUAAAA